AUGUCCACCUUUCACCUGCUGCAGCAGACAGAUGGUAACAUUGGAGAUAUCCUGAAGGACCAACUCUCUGCCUGGAGGGUUCGACCCACCAGGAACUCAGUCACCAGCUCCACUCGCUGCACACUUCAGGAAGCAACAAUAUGGCGUCAGAGGCGAGACUGUCCGCGAGACGCAAACAUACCAUCAAAAGCUCCAUACUGGCAGGUGGCGAUGGGGAUGCUGGAGGCUGAAGCAAAAAUGAAGGUUGAUGAAAGAGAAAAGUUCCUGGCAGAGAAAUGUCCUCCUCUGGAGCUGCCGUUGUCCAAAGAAGAGCUGGAGGAGCUCUGUAAGAAGCUUCAUGAGCAGAUUGACGUCAGUGAAGAAGAGAGAUACUGCAUCGAGUUCAAACUCAACCUGGUUCAGAACGAGGUGAGAGACCUCAACAUCAAGAUUGUGGACCUGAGGGGAAAGUUUAAGAGACCCAGACUGAAGAAGGUCCGCAUGUCAGCCGACGCCAUGCUGAAGGCUCUGCUGGGCUCCAAACACACGGUCAACAUGGACCUGAGGGCCAACCUGAAGCAGGUCAAGAAGGAGGUGAAAGAGGAGGACAAGCAGCUGCGCGACGUCGGAGACUGGCGUAAGAACAUUGAAGACAAGUCUGACAGGAAGAAGAUGUUUGACAGUUAAAGUGUCGGUGGUUCCUUUAAGAAGAAACGCUUCAGGUGUAAAAUGUUUGUCAAUGAUGAGUUUUAUUCCAAAGUGCUGAACAUCUGCCUUUAAAAGAACAGAAACUAACUCCAAAUUCAUCCUGUCUGGUAUUUAAAACGGAUUGUUAAAAAUUUAAUUCAAAGAACUGACAUCUGGUAGUCUUAUUUGCUUCAAUCUGUAGUUAUUACUUUAUGAUGUCAUCAGUGAGCUGUCUUAAAAGAAAAUACAUCCACAGAAGUUUAAAAUGAAGGACAAUCUUACAGACAUGAAGCAUUAAUCUUGGAGCUUUGCUGAUAUGUGCUCUUUAGGCUCACCUUAGGCUUGGUGGGAGGUCUGUGGGACGGGAGGUCUGCAGGGUGGGAGGUCUGGUCACUGAAAGAUUAAAUGUUUCUGCUCAAGGUUAAGUUUGUAGAAAGGCAAAUGUCUGGAGCAAA